AUACAUAAAAUGGGGAUGCCUCUUUAAGGAAACAGACGUUAAGGGAGCUAGGUAGUCUAUCUAGCCAAUAGGAAGUUAAGUUUCCAGUGUCUAUCCACCAAUGAGAAUGCAGACUGCCCCUGUAGGUCCCGCCCUGCUUUCCCAUGUAUGUAGCAAUAUAGGGUGAGCGAGAGAGAUCGGACACGAGGACGAGACUGCUGAGCUGUGCAGCGUCAGAGUCUGUGUUAAGACUGUUAUAGUAUUACACACAAAUGAAAAACGAAGCUUUUUGCAAUUGGAAUUGCUGUUCAUUAUCCAAGUUCUAAUUUGGAAUUAGUUGAGCUGAAGUGUCCCACCUGUCUGGACUCGAGGCCAUCAUAUUGUUGUCCCAAACUGAUUGAGAUUGAGUGAGAUUGAGAUCGGUCAGGUUUUUUUUUUCCGCUGGAUCGUUCCUGAGGUGGAUUCCUCAAGAGACUGAUGGCGAGCCUUCCCACCUGGACUUAGAAAAGGAACUGGCUUCCUCCUUUUGCAUUUGGAGUUCUGCUGCACCCUGCGGUGUGGUAGGCCUGUGUCACUCAAAUCUUCACGCAGAGUUUGUUAUGCACGAGACUACUUACUGACUUUUUUCCAUUUUUUUUCGUUUCAUUCUGGGACUUUGGACAUAAAUUUUAUUUUGGACGUAGUAACAAACUACUGUGUAGGACACUCUCCUCACGUGACUGAUGUUGAGUCCAAUCUGAAUGUGAACUGAAUUCGAAUAAUCUGUGAUCCAUUAAGGUUCAGAAUUUAGAUUAACAGGGUGCACCCAAAAUAGAUAAAACCAGAGAAGUAGAACUUGGCCAAGUGUUCAUAUUAUUUUAUGUAUUUUAUUGUGUUGAAUUUAUUUUCAUAAUUGUUUGUCUUGUACAACUGUUUGUUAAUUUGAUGGUUUAUCUCACUAAAGCAAUCGUUUGUUAAACCAUCCAACUGCAUCCGUUGUCAUUUAAACACCCUCACUGUGCUCCGAUAGCCGAACCUAUUGGCCCAUUUAUCUAAAAUACAUAGGACUCUUCUCUACUGUGUUACAUAGGAUCUUAUGGCGAGCCAGCCAGGAGCAUGAGUGUGUGUGUUUAAAUGUCAGACAUCUUACAAGUAUUGUUAGAUCGUGCCAAGUACUUCUAAAAAAAAAAAAAAAAAAAAAAAAAAAAAAAAAAUGGAUGUGGUACUCCGGGAGUCCAUCCAAAUUCCCCAUUCUGUGGUUGUUAGUGGUUUAACAGGGUCAGAGACAGAUGAGGAAGUGUCAACCUUUCUCCAGAAGUAUGGUUCCAUUAACCGUUACAUUCGCUUAGAUGAUCCUAAAUCAGAUUACCAUAAAGACAUGAUUAUUGAGUUUGCACAUGAAACUGCCAUGCAGACAUUGGAGCCAUUGUUGCCUCUUCAGCUUCCAAGCACGACUCAAGCAGGCAUUGUGUAUGAGUUGAAGGCUUUAGGAAGUGUUUACACCAUAGAUGCCAGAAGCAAAGCUACUAAAAUGUACAUGGAACAGCUCUCUGAAAUUGCCAGGCUGAGUGGAAAUUCAUUAGGAGAAAUGUUGAAGGAGGAACUUAAAAAUCUGGUUUCAUCUGCAGAAAGUGCCUUUGCACAAUCACCUCAGACUGAUACAGAAUCCUCAGCUCCACAGAGUCCAACCCCACAAAAAGACUCAACCAGCCAAAGAGAUAUCCCAUCUUCUGAAACCCCUCAGUCAGUAAUGCCUACUAACUCCACGAUUUUGACACCAGCAAAUGAUCAAAGUAAGCCUCUCACCCCUUCCAUUUUGAGUAAAAACCUGAUCGAUCUCAACCCCCCACAGACUUUUGCUGCCUCAUCUGAAUCCUCUGCUACGCCCCUAAUCGAUGUCAAUCCACCUGCAGUUCAGCGAGUGGUGGUUGAGCAUGUGGUGCGCAGCAAUGAUAACUCACCCCAGUUCACCUCACCCAGUAGACUCAGAGCUUUUUCUGGCAAGAGUCCACGUCCGAGCCAUGAAGCAGAUUAUGAUACAUGGCGUGCAAGUGUUGAGAUUCUUAUCAGAGAUCCAUCUGUGCCAGACUUGCAUUGCACACAUCGUAUAUUGGACAGUCUUCUUCCUCCUGCUUCUGAAAUGAUCAAACAUUUGAGCCCACAGUCUAGUCCCUCAACUUAUCUUAAAUUGCUUGACUCCGCUUACGGGACAGUUGAAGACGGUGACGAGCUUUAUGCUAGGUUCAUGAGCACGUUCCAGAAUGAUGGAGAGUUACCUUCUGUUUUCCUGCAGAGACUGCACACUGCCUUAAGCAAAACAAUGAGACGUGGUGGUGUUUCCGCUCCUGAGUUUGACCAACAGCUUUUAAAGUAG